GCAGCCGCAGCCGCAGCCGCAGCGGCCACAGCCAGGCGCUGCGCCGCCGCAGCCGGGGCCGGAGGUCUCGGAGGGCUGCCGCGGUUCAGCUUGGGGCCGCCGUGCCCGCGCUGUUUUCGGCCGCCGCCGCGCUGGGUCGCGGGACACGCCCGCCGCGCCAGCUGGCUGCGUCGGCGGUGGGGCCGAGGAUGUCGCGGGCAAGGCUCGGGCGCCGCCGAGCGGCGGACCAGCCUCCAGGCGGCCCGUGGCGGGGACACUCGCCCAGGCGAUGGAGGAGCUGGACAGAACGAUCAACGAGCCGCUGGAGGCAAGGAAGAAGAUCUUCCGGGAGCUCCAGCGCAAACUUCACCCGGAUAAGAACCCAGACCAGGAGGACGGGGCGAAGUUCGCCUUCCAGAAGUUGAUGGAGAGGUGCCACAUGAUCGAGGCGGAGUGGAGGAUGGUGUUUUGGGACGCGCCGCUCUCUGCCUGCAGCGUCUGCUGGGGAACAGGCUCGAGGAUGGCCCGGCCAGCGUGAUGUGCCAGAAGCUCUCGUCGGU